UAUUUUGUUUGAAAACAGCAUGGUGGAUUGCGGGAAAUGGAGAAAUUUUUUAAUAUGUGCUGAUUUCUACCUUAAAGUGUAGGAUUCUUGAGUAAACCAUUUGAUAUUUAAAGUCCUUUCUAUCAUAACGUUCCUCUUUUACAAGACAUUUUUUGAAACAUUGCAUCUCUCGGAGUGUCCAUUGUGCAAUUGACAGAUACAGAUAUGGCUGCAUUGGACUCGCUUGCACAACUAAACAGUUUGUUGGAAGAGUGGACUCAGAAUCAAAGCAGUAGCUCAUUCAGUGUUACCAACUCAUUGCACAGAAUGGCCGAGCUCCUGGAGAAGGAAACGGAGGAAUAUUAUAAGAUGGACCCUGACCCGUUUGAUGACCGACAUCCCGGGCGUGCCGUCCCGACCUGUGCCCUGGGUCAUCUCAUGAAAACACUGUUCAAAAACGAAGACUUCAUGAGCAAGUUGAUCAGUACGUACUUGAUCAGUAGCAACAGAGACCAGACUGAUCUACACAUCGCGGCGUCUCGUCUGUUGUUAGAUGUCAUGCCAGGACUAGAGACCACCACAGUAUUCCAAGAAACUGAUGGCUUAGUUAGACGAUUGUUUCACUGGGCAGAGGUCUGUGAGGAUCCAUUGAGGUCUUAUGCCACAGGGCUAUUGGCAGGGGCCAUGGAACUCAAUGAUGUAGCAGACAAGUUCAAAGACUCCAAUUCCCAUCUGGUCCCCAUGUUGCUGACACGUUUACAUAAGCUGAAGUGUGACUACGAGAAGGAGAAUGAAGAAAACACCGCAGUGGACGAUAACCAGAGACAUUUCGGAGUUUUUGCCAAGGAGACUGAAAGGUCCCCGGAAAAGAAAAUCUCAUCAGAAAGUUCUCAGGAGAGUGGAGCGGAAAACUCGCAGGAAACGAGCUCACCAGUAAAAGGCAGCUCAAAGGGGGACAACUCAGGAAAAAAUGACAGACGAGAGUCAAUGAAGCGUGCACUUUCACCCAGUUACUAUAGCGAUGACCUGUACAGAUUUAAAAAGAAAAGCCGCAUUAGAGAUGAUUCAAUAACUGAGUACAGCAACAGUAGCUGGGCGGAGAUGAAGUGUUACGUGAUAGGGACAUACAGCCUGCAGCCCCUCAGUACCGCCAUGAAACAGCGAGUCAUUCUACAGUAUCUCAGACCAAUGGCAGAGUACCAAGAGUUAAUUGGUGCUGCCUUUGAACAUAAUGCCAUGGAUCUGGUGUUCUUCUACAUGGAUCUCAGAAAGAAUUCAGACAUCAGACUGGCAUUUGAAGCACUCAGGUACACUGCAAACCUGCUGUGUCACAAGAAGUUUGCCAUUGAGUUCCUGACCAUGCAGGGUGUCCAAAGGACCCUCCAGGUGCCCCGCCCCUCAGUGGCGGCUUGUGGGGUGUCGCUCUGUAUCUACUAUCUCUCUUACUUUGAGGACGCCAUGGAGAGGGUUUGUCAGUUACCAGAUGAGACCCUAGCUGAAUUAGUUAGCUACACAUUGUGGCUACUGGAGUGUUCCCAUGAUUCUAGUAGAUGUCAUGCUGCAAUGUUUUUUGGACAAGCCUUUCCCUACAGAGUGAUCCUAAAUUUGUUUGAUCAAAAGGAUGGUCUUCGCAGGUUAUUCAAUGUGAUCAGCACUCUACAGAUUAUGGAUGUCGAUGAACGACGGGACGUUAGUGACGAUCAGCUGUUUACGAUGCGGCAGCUCACUCGCCACGCCUCGCUCGCUCUGAAGAAAUAUUUUGAGGCUCAUUUAUCUCACAAAGUGGAGGAGAUCAAGCGAUCUCAUGCUCGCAGUGAUGACAGCGGCUCGCCGGUUCAUGAAGUGCCUGCGUAUAAGGCUUUGAAACUAACACCAGAAAUAGUUCAGGAAAAUGUGGAAAUCAUGAUGGAGUUGAUGCCAGUACGAAUUCAUUGGACCCCGGAAAUCACGUGCCACAAACUGGGCGGGAUCAAACUGCUCUGUCAGCUUAUUGCACUGGCGCCAAACUGGAACAGCUUCACAGGAAAAUCAGAAAUGAUAAAGAACGUCCUGGAUGUGAUCAAUGUAUUGGUGUCCACCCCCCGAUCUCAGCUUGCUCUGCUGGAGUCAGUACCACUCUAUGAUAACCUGUCUACACCAGCUGUUAGUGUGCUAAUAGGACUAGCGGAGGGAGAAGUUAUACAAGACCCAGAGGUUCAGAAAUCAGCCCUGAGUGUCAUCAUCAAUUGUGUGUGUGGCCCAGUAGAAAAGCUGGGAGGAGGUCUAGGGAGGUAUAUAGGGACUGGGUCAAAGAAAAGGAUCAACUUAAAAGUAGGAGAAGACAUUCUCAGUAAGAUGUGGAAUGGGGUCAGGAUCAACAAUGGUAUCAUGGUACUCCUGAAACUGUUGUCCAUCAAAACACCCAUAACGGAUGCUGACUGCAUUAGGGCAUUGGCUUGCAAGGCUUUGGUUGGUUUAUCGCGAUCAGAGACUGUCAGACAGAUUAUCAGUAAACUCCCUCUCUUCAACAAUGGACAGUUACAGUUACUUAUGAAAGAACCGGUUCUGCAUGACAAACAACAGGAACACAUCAAGUUCUGUAAAUACGCCAAUGAGUUGUUAGAGAGGGUGGUGGGAAAGAAGUCCAGCGCUCAUUUGGAUGCUUCACUGGAGGAAAUUAGAAGGGCUGACAUUGUUGCUCAAACAAGAAUAAAUUUCCAAGAAAAGGAAUUGCUUCAAUUAAUAUACAGUCACCUGCAAUCUGAAGGAUUGACUGAGGCAGCAGCAGCUUUACAGAAAGAAGCCAAUCUACCUCACUGUGCCACGCCCCCUAAUGUCCUCCCAGUACAGCCAUGUGUGUUUGCUUCUCCCCAUUUUGCAUCUCCCAGAAUUUCCAGACAGAUGAGUCACCCGUUAGCUUCACACGCCACCCUCACGUCUGAUGUCCCUUCUACAAGUUCUGGUCUCCAUAGUAACUCUAGCAGUCAGAGGGACAGUCCUACUAACUCAGGUUCCACCCCCGGCACACCUGGACCAAUCAGAUUUCAUCUCAGUCGACAACACCCGCAGGCCUCACCAGGCCUGGGACAAGUUAGGGCUUCAAAUAGCAAGAGUAGAUUUAGUUCAGAGAAAGAUUGCAUUCUAUCUAGUCCGGCCUGGAGGACAAAAGGUCAUCUGAAAGGUCAAGGAGAAUACGACAUGACCUUGGAUAAGAUUGUGACAGAGUAUUUACGUAAACAACAUGCUCUGUGUCGAAACCCUGUCACCACCUGUCCACCUAUGUCUCUGUUUCAACCUCACAGAUGUCCUGAGCCCAGAGGUAGAAGAAUGGCACCUAUUAAUUGUACAUCUAGGAUUUAUAACAGAAUGUUGGGGCCCAAGGUGGGAGGAAUAGGAGGACCCAGUGUGGAUAGAAAGUUCAUCUACAGUCGGUUCAGGCCCUGUCAGUCUUAUAGAAAUGUGGAUGAUGGGGGAAUGCUGUGUUGUUCUUUUUCUAGAGAUGAGCAGUACUUGAUGUAUGGGACGUUUUGGGGAGACAUCAAACUAGUCAGUUUACAGUCUGGGGAGGAAACAGCCAGUUAUAAUUUCCAUCAGGUUGCAAUAGAGGAUUUUCAGCAAGCAAGAGACUCAGAUUUGCUACUGAUCAGUUACGAGGACAACGGAUCUGGGGUGUGGACGUAUGGCGAUGUUGUAGAUAACAAAUACAGCUUUGAGGACAGCCAUAUUGAGUUUAGCAAACAGGUCCAAGACCGAAUCAUUGGGACGAAAGAUGAAACAGCAAAUAUCUACGAUGUCUCAACGGGCCAAAGAAUUCUCAAACUGUAUGAUCCAAACAAAGCUAAUAACUACCUUAAGAAUCGAGCCACGUUUAACCCUACAGAUGAACUGGUUCUCAAUGACGGGGUUUUGUGGGAUGUGCGCAGCGGAAAAUCCAUCCAUAAGUUCGACAAGUUCAACGCCAACAUCAGUGGUGUGUUUCAUCCAAUGGGGUUGGAGAUUAUUAUCAACUCAGAAGUUUGGGACAUCAGGAAUUAUCAUCUGCUUCACACAGUCCCCGCCCUGAACCAAUGUCAGAUUCGCUUCAACAAUCUAGGAGAUGUCAUAUAUGCUAUUUAUGUAAUGGAUGAAGAAAUGGAUGAUUUUAAAGUCAGAAGUCCAUACAGCUCAACCUUCAGAACAUUUGAUUCCACUGACUAUAGUUCCAUAGCUACAAUAGACGUGAAGUCAAAAAGUAUCUUAGACUUGUGUACUGACAAAUCUGAUUGUUACCUAGCAGUGGUAGAGAACCUGAACACAGAUCUGGGUACAGAGGAGUUUGUAUGUAAGCUGUAUGAGGUUGGAAAACUCCGAGACGAAGAGGACAACCAGCCUGAGGAUGAAGAGGAGGAUCUGGAAGAUGUAGACGAAGACGAUGAUGAUGAUGAUGAUUCUCAUUUGAUUGAUUUCAAUGACUCUAAUGAUGAAGAUUUCUUUACAGAUGAUGACGACGAUGACAAUGACGGAAAUGAAGAUGAGAAUGAUGACAUGUUUUCCCAGAGUGAGGGAUACAGCGACGAUGACGACGAUAUCAGCGAUGAUGCUCUGUUUGAACUCUUAUGAUGAGUGUUGGCUUAGAUACAUGUAUUUGAGAAUUAUAUAUAUCUGGACUUUAAGGCAUGAAAAAAUAUAUGUAAAAAGAUACUGUAGUAUAUGGUUUAAAAAUUCUGAAGGUAACUUAUUAUUAAAAACCAUGGGUAAAAAUAUAUUGACUAAUAUGUAUACAGCUGUACCAUUUUUUUUUUAUGGUGAAUUCUGUAUUAUUACUAUACUAAUGAAAACAAAAUGAUAUUAAAUGUAAGAGAUUGGCAUUCUUUAUUUGGUUACAUGGACACAUUUCAGAAUUUCUAUUAGAUAAAUGACAGUGUUAAGGGCAGAACAGUGUUAAAAAUAAUCAGGUGCUACAAUUGUUUGUACAUGUAGGUAUUUUACAUGUUCUUUUUAAGGUAAUGGUGAAGAUAACUUCACUUUUGUUGUGGUGUUUGUCAAAAUGUUAUUUUUUAUUAUUUAAGAAAUAUUGAGGAUCAUGAUAGACAUUGAGUUGUACAUUUGCAUGUCAAUAAAUGUAAUUAAUUUUA